AAUAACUAAACACAUAAUCCAUUGUUAUUAAUAUUAUUAUCAUUCUAAGCUUGAAGUCUUAAAGCAAAUUAAAAAAAAAUAAUGCCGAUUUCUAGAAUUGCCAUUGGAAAUCCAUCAGAGUUGGGGCAAGCUGAAGCGCUUAAGGCUGCUCUGGCUGAGUUCAUCUCAAUGCUCAUCUUUGUCUUUGCAGGGGAAGGCUGUGGCAUGGCAUAUAACAAGCUCACAAACAAUGGUUCAGCAACAGCAGCUGGGGUGGUGGCAGCAUCACUUUCUCAUGCCUUUGCUCUUUUUGUUGCGGUCUCUAUUGGUGCUAACAUAUCGGGUGGGCAUGUUAAUCCUGCUGUCACAUUUGGUGCCUUUAUUGGUGGCCACAUUUCCCUCCUUAGAGGCAUUUUGUAUUGGAUUGCUCAGUUGCUUGGCUCUGUCGUUGCUUGCUUGCUCCUUAAAUUUGCCACUGGUGGACUGGAAACGACUGCGUUCUCAUUGUCUUCAGGGGUGGGACCAGCAAAUGCAUUAGUCUUUGAAAUUGUGAUGACUUUUGGUUUGGUUUACACAGUGUAUGCCACUGCAGUGGAUCCAAAGAAGGGUAACCUUGGCAUAAUUGCUCCAAUUGCAAUUGGUUUUAUUGUGGGUGCAAACAUCUUGGCAGGUGGUGCCUUUGAUGGGGCUUCCAUGAACCCAGCAGUUUCUUUUGGACCUGCUGUUGUUAGCGGGAAAUGGGCUAAUCAUUGGGUAUACUGGGCCGGCCCAUUAAUUGGUUCUGCUAUUGCUGCGGUUGUCUAUGAGAUUUUCUUCAUCGCCCCAAAUUCUUAUGAACAGAUACCUGUCACAGAUUAUUAG